CCAAAACAGGAAUACAACAGUUUUAUUCAGUUUUUUUAAGUUCAAUGUAUUCUGGUCAUUCCACUAUUGAUAGGAAUUUAAAUGAACCUAUAUGGCUUGAUAAUCGGAAAUCAAUAAGUUACACGUCAACGUCCAGGUUGAAUUACACUCGAUAUCCUAAUAGGAAGCUUACUCCAGCCUCUACUUCAAUUAGACUAAGUCGAGGUGAAAAUAACUACUAUCCGGCAACUGAGCAUCAGAGAACACCAAGUGCACCAAACAUAAGAUAUGAUUUACCCACUGAUUAUCAAACUACUUCACAAUAUUAUAAUUCCUCAUGUACACGUAGACCACGUCAAUUGUUACGUAGAAAGGAUUCUAUUCAGCCUGCACCUUCAAAUGUGUUACCAGAGGACAAGUCACUAUACCGAUCGACAUUCACAGGAAGAAUAUGUGCACCGUCUUGCAAAGUUCAACCACGUGAUGAAGGCAUAAAUGGUCUUGAGACAACUCAACAAAGAGCCAAAAGCUUACUAAAAUCGGAAGAUUUUAUUGAAAUUGACAGUAAUGUAUACAAACAAAUUUAUCCUUCACCAAAUGAUUCUACCUACAGAACUGAUUUCACUGAAAAUGUCUUCAAAGAUGUUCAUUACGACACACUACCACAAAUUGGUCACGAAAAUAAAAAUACUUUAGCUGAUUAUCAUAAGAAGUAUCAUUCAUGGGUUAAGCCACCCAUGAAUGAUGAAAUUAUCCAACGAGUCGGUUAUAACUGGAAACCCAGACCAGCUGUUUACCUUCCAGAAGAUCCGAGUAAACAUGAACCAAUAGAAUCUACUUCGGUUUACCGAUCAAAUUUUGUUAGUUAUUCUAAGGAUGCACUGUUAAAUCGUAGGAAUCCCAGUCAGAAAGCCUGUUUUUCAGCUAUUAAGGAAGAAAAUCUAUUAAGUAGCUAUGAUGGAAAACGAGAGAGAAUUCCUAAUACACUAUAUCGUGAUUCAUACAUUAGCUUACAUGACGUGGAUAACUGGAGUGGUCGUCAUACACUACAAAAUCUAUCAUCUAUUACGUCGCGUACUGGACCAUAUCAACAGGAUGAUGAAGUGUAUUGGUUCGGAAUAGAUACAGUCCCAUUCAUAGAGACGAAAGAAUCGAUGUUUACUCAGUCAUCGAAUUUAAAGAGUCCUUAUGAUAAAUCAAAGGCUUUGAUUCAAUAAAAAAAGAAAAUGUUAAGUCGUUUACGUCAGUGUAGUGUUCAGUAUGCGUCUCCUUUGAGUGAAAUAAAAAUGAAUACCAUAUUUUAUAAUUUUAGCCUCAAUUUAGCCAAUCAAUCUAAUUAAAAUCAUUCUUUCUUUUUUUAAAGAAUAUAUUUUCACUUAAUUGAAUAUCAUCCACAUUCUUUCUUGUCUAUGCGAUUAUGUGCUCACAAACGCGCCAGUGUUCAGUAAUUUUUAUUAUAAUGAAUUACAUUA